AGUAAAGCUCGCCGCUAGCAGACAAACAGAAGUGGAAAGCAAUGGAUAGCCGUAACAACAGCAACAGCAGCAGCAGCAGGAGCACCAACAACAACUAGCAUUAGCUGGCAUAUUCCUCAGGAAACUUCAUAUGAAUGUAUUUGUGAAGCCAGUCUCUGCUGACCCAAAGUGCUGAAUGUCUUCCCAGUGUCGAUGAAAAUGAACCCGAGAUGACUCAACAGUGGCUUGGACAUCUUUACUUUGAAGAUGAGGCUUGCUCAGUUUGUCAGACUUGUCAUUGCUUGUAAUGAUUGCAAAUCUAGGCACAUAGGCUGCACCGACGUGUACAACAAACUAUAGUGAAUUGUUUUUUAAUUUUUGCGUUUUGCUAUCACACUAACUAAAACACUAACUACAUACAUUAUCGUUUAGUUUUGAAUGGCUUUCAGUUGAUAACCAGUGUUGAUGAUGUCACUGGGCGAGCAGUCUCAAAAGUGGUUUCCAACCCAUGUCCAAGCCACUGUUCUUCAAGCAACCGGUUUACAGCCAAAGGGCAAAAAUGGCACCAAUGAUGCCUACACUAUCAUCCAGCUGGGCAAAGAAAAGUACUCGACAUCGGUGGCAGAGAAGACACUUACCCCUGUCUGGAAAGAGGAAGCCUCCUUUGAAUUACCUGGUUUACUUUUGGAGGGCAACCCAGAGAUAUAUGAACUCUGCCUUAUAGUGAUGCAUCGGUCCUUGGUUGGGAUGGAUAAGUUCCUGGGUCAAAGGUCCAUCAACCUUAAUGAAAUCUUUGAUAACAAGCAAAGGAAGAAAACUGACUGGCAUUCCCUGGAGUCCAAGCCGGGGAAGAAGAGGAAAGACCGAGGCCGCAUUCAAGUAAGCAUCCAGUUCAUAAGGAACAACAUGACGGCCAGCAUGUUUGACCUCUCCAUGAAGGAAAAGCCCCGCUCGCCUUUUUCCAAACUGAAGGACAAAAUGAAGGGUCGCAAACAUGACGGCACCUUUAGCGACACAUCGUCCGCCAUCCUGCCUCGCUCUGCUAUGUGCGACUCAGAGCCUAACCGUCAGUCCUUGGCCCCAGAACCACAACCCCAGCCCGAAACAAAGGUUAAGAGACCACUACUCACUGGGGCCCAUAAACUCUCUGCAGCCCAUUCUAUGUCCGAUCUCAUUGGGACUCACUUUCGGCCCAAACUGGAUUCCAUAAACUCCAUUGAAGAGCGUGGCGGCCCUCACAGGCGUUCCCAGAGCGAGGUGCCAGGCUACCAGGACGGCGAGGCACACAGUGACCCUUUCACUGAUAUCAGUGACACCCUGCCACAGAAGUAUGCCACGCUCCCACGCAACCGCAACCCAUUUGAGGGGGAGCACGGGCAGCUGUGGGACCGGGCAGAGCGGAAGGAGAAAAAGGAGAAGGUCAGCCUACUGGAACGCGUGACAGGAAAGAAGGAAGGCCGCAAGACCAACAACGGUGGCCAUUCGGGCAGCUCUGGAGAUCUGCGUUCCCCCAACCCCUUUAGUGGAGACUCGCAAGCAGACACUAACCCGUUUAUCUCCAAAGCCAGGGAUAAAAAGUUCACAGGAAAUGAAGACCUCACAUUCGGCCAACAGAGGAAGGACAUCCAUGGCAAGAAAAAGGAGGUAAAACGGGAAAGCAUGGCCGCCUACAGCAACUUGUCCUUUGAGGAAGUUGUGCAGGAACUCAUCAAGCAGAAAGAAGUAGUGAAGAAGAAAGAUGCCCACAUCAGGGAGCUGGAAGACUACAUUGAUAACCUACUUGUGCGCGUCAUGGAGGAGACGCCGAGCAUUCUACGGACACCGUAUGAGCCAAAGAAGAAGGCGGGUAAACUUUCUAAAAAGUAGCAAGAAAGACACAGGAUAAGAAGUUACUACCGGUAAUUAGGGUUCAGCAUGCAUCAAUAUCACGUGGUAAAAUAAGUGGGGACAAAUGGGAUUGAUCAAAGACAAAUUUGUGAUUGAUUUAUGCUUUAAAACAUUUUUAGUCGAGGGAUGUAGUUUUUAUUUUUUUCAAGAUAAUUUUUUGAGACUUUUCUGCCAUUUUUGACCGGACAGCUAGGUCAGAAAGGCUGGGGAAGACAUUCAGGAAAUCAUCACAGGUUGGAUUCAAACCCUGGACCUCUGCGUCGAGGCUUAAA